AUGAAUCACAGACAACCCCCGAUUGCGGCCCUGCUCCCCCAUCUUCUGACUCAGCAGGUCAUAAAUAAGGUUCAUCUUAAGACAAAUCAUGUUGUAAAGAGAGAUGCCGAUGAACAUUUAAGAAUCAAGACUAUCUACGAUAAAAGUAUUGAAGAGUUGCUCCCUGAGAAAAGACAUCUUGUAAAGAACAAACUCUUUCCACAAGCUAUUUCUUACUUAGAGAAGACAUUUCAGGUUCGUAGACCUGCUGGUACCAUCUUACUUAGCAGGCAAUGUACAACAAACCAGUACCUACGGAAAGAAAAUGAUCCUCAUAGAUACUGUACUGGGGAAUGUGCUGUGCAUACAAAGUGUGGUCCAGUCACAGUGCCUGAGGAGCAUCUCCAGCAAUGCCGGGUCUGUCAAGGGGGUAAGUGGCCGUGUGGAGCAGUGGGUGUGCUGGACCAACAGGGUGUCCAGGAUGCAGACUUUGUUCUUUACGUUGGUGCCCUGGCUACCGAGAGAUGCAGCCGUGAAAACAUCAUCUCUUAUGCAGCCUAUUGUCAACAGGAAGCAAAAAUGGACAGGCCAAUAGCAGGAUACGCUAACCUGUGUCCAAAUAUGAUCUCUACCCAGCCGCAGGAAUUUAUUGGAAUGUUGUCUACAGUGAAACAUGAAAUUAUUCACACCCUGCUAUCAUGAUGAAGAUGGAAAUCCUCUGACUGCCAGGUUUGCAGAUGGUCUCCCACCUUUUAACUCUAGUCUUGGAUUAUAUCAAUGGAGUGAUAAAGUAGUUCGAGAAGUGGAGAGAUUAUGGAACGUUCGAGAUAAUAAGAUAGUUCGUCACACUGUCUAUCUCCUGGUAACACCGCGUGUUGUUGAAGAAGCACGGAAACAUUUUAAUUGCAGAGCUCUAGAAGGAAUGGAACUUGAAAAUCAAGGUGGCAUGGGCACUGAACUCAACCAUUGGGAAAAAAGGUUAUUAGAGAAUGAAGCAAUGACUGGUUCUCACACCCAGAACCGAGUCCUGUCUCGAAUCACUCUGGCCUUAAUGGAGGACACUGGCUGGUAUAAAGCAAAUUACAGUAUGGCUGAGAAAUUAGACUGGGGCCGAGGAAUGGGCUGUGAGUUUGUCAGGAAGAGCUGCAAGUUCUGGAUUGAUCAACAGAGACAAAAGAAGCAGCCCCUGAGUCCUUACUGUGACACGCUCAGGCGUAAUCCACUGCAGUUAACUUGCAGGCAGGACCAGAAAGCCGUUGCUGUGUGCAAUCUGCAGAAGUUUCCUAAACCCUUACCACCACAGUACCAGUACUUCGAUGAACUCAGUGGAAUACCUGCAGAGGAUCUGCCUUACUAUGGUGGGUCAGUAGAAAUUGCUGACUACUGCCCUUUCAGGCAGGAGUUCAGCUGGCAUUUAAGUGGUGAAUACCAGCGCAGCUCAGACUGUAGGAUCCUGGAAAACCAACCAGAUGUUUUUAAAAACUAUGCUGCAGAAAAGUAUGGACCUCACUCAGUUUGUCUAGUUCAGAAAUCAGCAUUUGUCAUGGAAAAGUGUGAGCGAAAGCUGAGCUACCCCGACUGGGGGAGCGGCUGUUACCAGACAACAAAAAAGUUUAUUUCUGGAGUUCAGAUGUCAACGAGCGAAGGAAUGGCACCUUCUAUGUCUGCUGAGGCCCAGCUUCUGUUUCAUCGAAGGCAACUUCCACCUACGUCAAGUGGUGAAAAGAUCUCUUGUUCUCCUCAAGGUCUGAAGGUUUGGGUACAAGAUACUUCAUACUUGUGUAGCCGUGCUGGGCAAGUCCUCCCUGUCCUUAUUCAGAUGAAUGGCUGGAUUCACAAUGGAAACCUGCUCUGCCCUUCGUGCUGGGACUUCUGUGAGCAGUGUCCGCCAGAAACCGACCCUCCAGCUGCUAACCUGACUCGAGCUCUUCCACUGGAUCUCUGUUCCUGCUCUUCUAGCCUGGCAGCCACACUUUGGCUUCUAGUGGGCAAUCUCUUUCCUCUACUAGCCGGAUUUCUUCUGUACGUGUGGCACUAGGAAUGGAAAAGCAAAUUUUCAAGAUGUCACUUUUUGUCAUGUUCCUGUGAACAAAGCACAGAGUCUAGGUGAGUGCCAGAAUCCAGCAUCUGUAGGUGGCAGACAUGGCAUUCCUGACUUGGCUUGGAAGUACUGACCGCAUGGGACUGUGAAGCUCAACUCCACAGCAUCACUCACCAGCCAGCUCAGAGCUCGAGUGGAACGGCAGGUCACCAAGUAUCGUAUUCUUCAGGAUACAUAAUCUUCUUAAAGCUCUACUUUGAUUGCAGGACAACUGGUGGGUUUUCAGUAGUCACAUACCUCAACAUUUUCGUUAACUGAAAGAGACAGGAAUAUUUGUCAUCAGCACCAUAGUAACAAACAGCGGCCAAGUACUGCAAGAUUUUUUUUUUUUUUUUUUUUUU